AUGGCCACUUACAUAGAUCCCUUGGACCACCUACUCGCCGGUAACCGACACUACGUGCAACGUACGACGGAGAGAAACCCAAACACGUUCAAAGAUCUUGCCAAAGGUCAGGCACCUGAAAUACUUUGGAUAGGCUGUGCAGACAGUCGGGUGCCUGAGACAACCGUCUGUCACUGUAAACCAGGCGACAUCUUUGUGCACAGGAACAUCGCGAAUACUGUGCAUGCCAAUGAUCUUAACUCGGCGAGCGUUGUGGAGUAUGCCGUUGCGCAUCUAAAAGUGAAAAAGGUCGUCGUCUGUGGGCACACAAAGUGUGGAGGUGCGGCGGCAGCACUUGGGGAUGCUGAUCUGGGUGAGACGCUGAACACAUGGCUCCACCCUGUCCGAGAAUUGCGGAGGAAGCACAAGUUGGAGCUCGAGAAGCUGACCAACGACGAUGCGCGUGCUUCACGAGUUGCAGAACUCAACGUGCAAGCGUCUAUUGAGGUGCUUAGGCAACAUCCGGCCAUCAAGAGGGCUAUGAGUGAGCGUGGCUUGACGCUACACGGACUCAUCUACGAUAUCGGGGCUGGUGAAUUGAAGAUGAUCGAUGGCAAGGGGAGUGGACAGAAGGCGAACGGACUGUGGAGCCCGAGAUAG